GAGUUGUGUCCGACGUGCAGUCGCAUAUUCUCUCUUCUUUCAUCCAGUCAAACUCACUUUUUGCCGUAUACUGCCGCCUUGCGCUUACCCUUCCUUCCGCAGCUUCCCCGAGCUCCAGAAGCUCGAUCCACUCGUUUGCGCCGACAAAGCGCAUAGCAACACAUCACCUUCGCUAUGGCAGAUUCCGGGCAGCAGACGCCGAUUGAGGAGACGCCUGUCGAAGACGUAGAGAUGGGCGAGCAGGCGGGCGAUAGUGGCGCAGGCGCGGGCGAGGAGACGGGUCUUACGGCGAUGGAGCCUGAGACGCCGAAGCUGGUGCUUUUCGCUGAUUUGAUGAAGAGUCCCAUUGUCGAGGUUGUGGUUGGGAACGGACAGGAGCGAACAACCUACUCUGCACACGAGGCUGUGCUGAUCAAGUCUCCCGAGUUUGCGAAGCAGGUGGAGCAAUUCGCGCCUGGUGGACCGCGCCAAAUCAUCUUCACAGACGUCGACAUCGACGCCAUGGGCUCCGUCGUCGAAUACCUCUACACGGGCGAAUACUUCCCCAAAAAGACGUCCUCCGCGCGUGAUGCCCCGCUCGAAAAAGACCCGCGCCAACCCUCCGCCGAUGACGACGGCCUCGGCCUGCUCGUUCACGCCCGCAUCUACACGCUCGCCGACCGCCUGCAGCUCCCGGUCCUCAAAUCCCUCGCGCACAGCAAAAUCCACCGCACGGCGUCGACCGCCAAGGGCGAACUCACAUACGCCCGCUACGUCUACAAGGAGAGCAAUCCCGAGGACACCACAAUCCGCAAGCCCGUGGCGGCGUUUUGGGCCAGCAGGAGUUAUAGCCUGCGCCACGAUGCGGAACCCGAGUUCCGCGCCAUGUGUCUCGAGUUUCCGCAGUUUUCGUACGAUGUGCUGCAAUUAGUGCUAGAUCAGCAGGAGAAGGGUAGGGGCAGGGGUGGUGCUGGUGCUGGGGAUGGGACGCCGGCGAAGAGUGGGCCGAGUGUGGUGCCGGGGAGUUCGAGGAAGCGGGCGCGAGUGACUCAGUUGUAG